CAGCAACCAAUAGCCAUGAGUGAGAGGCGGGACUCUGAGGGAAGCCAAUCGCUGGAGGGCGCUGACACAGCUACAGCCAAUGGCUUUUGGCGGGGGCGUUCCCCGACCCCGGCCGCUUCCAUGACCCGGCUACUGGGCCAUGGCCGGGACUGGGCUAUGGCCGGGACUGGGCUGCUGGCGCUGCGGACGCUGCCCGGGCCCAGCUGGGUACGAGGCUCGAGCCCGUUGGUGCUUAGCCGCCUGCGGGACGCGGCCGUAGUGCGGCCUGGGUUCCUGAGCGUGGCGGAGGAGGAGACGCUGAGCCGAGAGCUGGAGCCCGAGCUGCGCCGCCGCCGCUACGAAUACGAUCACUGGGACGCGGCUAUCCACGGCUUCCGAGAGACAGAGAAGUCGCGCUGGUCAGAAGCCAGCCGGGCCAUCCUGCAGCGUGUGCAGGCGGCCGCCUUUGGCCCCGGACAGACCCUGCUCUCUUCCGUGCACGUGCUGGAUCUGGAAGCUCGGGGCUACAUCAAGCCCCACGUGGACAGCGUCAAGUUCUGCGGGGCCACCAUCGCUGGUCUCUCUCUCCUGUCUCCCAGCGUUAUGCGACUGGUGCACACCCAGGAGCCCGGAGAGUGGCUGGAACUCUUACUGGAGCCAGGCUCCCUCUACAUCCUUAGGGGUUCAGCCCGUUAUGACUUCUCCCAUGAGAUCCUUCGGGAUGAAGAAUCCUUCUUUGGGGAGCGCCGGAUUCCCCGGGGCCGACGAAUCUCUGUGAUCUGCCGCUCCCUCCCUGAGGGCAUGGGGACAGGGGAAUCUGGACAGUCACCCCCAGCCUGCUGACCCCUAGCUUUCUAGACACCGGAUUUGUGAAUAAAGCUGGGAAUGGACAACCCAA